GGGAAGCAGCUUGCUUGUCGCGAUUCGACCGCGGACAGACACAGGAAAAGUGGGCCGGCGGGAAGCUAAGCUAAUGUCCGUUAAAUUGUAGCCGAUUACAUUUGGUAUUUGCGGUGCCUUCUCACAAUACAACAUAUGUGUAUCCGGUGUGGAAAAAUCUAAACGACAGAAGAAAAUUGAGUUCGGGUGGCUAAAAGGUACAUUUUGACGAUUUUUUUUACAGAAGGCGCGCGGCUAAGUGGCGGCUAAGUGGCGGCAGUCCUGUUUGACAACACCGCCUUUCACCCUCACAUUCCGGCUGUGUUGCUCCCUCCCGUUAUCCGCUAGCACCAACUCCCACUAUCGGUUACUUCUUCUUUACCACGGCAAAAAGGAGUAAAGUGGAAGCAUGGCAGAUUUCCUGGAAGAUCCGUCGGUUCUGACGAAAGAGAAGUUGAAGAACGAGCUGACGGCGAACAAUGUGCGGCUGCCGAGCGGCGAGCACAAGAAAGAAGUCUACGUGCAGCUUUAUCUCAACAACCUGACCGUGCAGAACACUAAGAAGAGCCCGCCCGCAGACACCUUCUCCAGCGACGACGAGUUGCCCACGCCGGUCGUUUCCAACAAAAGCCGAUCGGGAAGAAAAGCAACCAGAAAGACGGACAAGCCUUGCGUGGAGGUGGAGGUGACAGAACUCGGUGAUGAAGACCUGAAACAGCAACUCUCCAAGUAUGGUGUGGACUCAGGACCUAUUUUGUCUUCAACCCGGAAGUUGUACGAGAGGAAGCUGCAGAAGCUUCUGGACCAGCCUCCAGCUGAACCCGAGGCUCCCGUCGAUGUCACAACCAUCCCCAAAGCCGACACCAACCAGAAUGGCAACACAAACUCUGACCAGUACAGCGACAAAGAAGACGAGGAAAUGACCACAACUGAUCCAGAGCCUGUUCCCGUGGUGGAGAAGCCUGUGCGUAGCAGAGGGAAGACCCCGGUGACUGUCAGGACCAGUAGCAGACGACAACCCAAGUCGGUGGGGGAAGUCGUCAGUGAAGAGACUUCCAAGAAGAGCAGCGAGAGUGUUGUCGAAGACAUUCUGGCCAAUGAAAUCAGCACACCUACAGGCAUCAGUGCGACCCGCAGGCGUCCCAUCCGUGGGGCGGCCGGCCGACCAGUGAAGCCCAGCGACUACUGGCUGGACGAGUCCCUGGUGCAGCACACUGUGCUCACCGACAGCCGCUCCUACUCCGAGUCUUUCUCUCGAGGCAUCCUCUCUGCCGCCUCUCCGAGCAAAGUGCCGGCCCCAAGCAGCUUCCUCCCCCUCCUGCUUAAGCUUUUGCUCCUGGUGGUAGUCGGCGGCUCGCUCUACUUUACCUACCAAAACCUGGAUGAUGCUCACAUUAGUGCACUUCGGGGCCUCGUUGACGCCGUCGUGGUCCCGCUUCAAGAUGCAGCAAAGAGCGCCGCCGCCUACUUGGGCCUGGGUGGCAAAUAAAGGCGGUCUUCCGCCACAUCCGCCUCCCUGCCGCCGCAAUCACAUGCAAACAACUCAGUUCACCUCCUACCUUUUACUUCCUCCCGCCUGGUGGGACAAAUAAGUCACAGUCAAUGGGAUUGACGUUUUUGUGUGCAGAUUCCAGCUUCCCCCUCAUGUGCAGCAGGCAGGUACACCUAAACAGUUAGCGUCUGUUUGGCGGCAGCCGCAAGAGACUGAUUUUAAUGUCCAUUUUUAACCUGUGAAUUGUUGUCUUUUUGUGUAUUUACCCCUUUGCCAGUAGAAGUGUGUGGAGAGGCCAGUUUGUCCUUGCAUGGUUGUAGUUUUCCACGGCCAUCAUCUUGUACUCUGUAACGCCGCCCACCCGUAUUUGUGUUUGUGCGCAUGCGCCAGGUGCCACUCUGUGGGGUGCCUGAACGCCACGUUUCCAAGCAGUACGCCGUCGCACUAACGCCAGAAUGUCUUAGCAUCGCUGUAGAUGUAGUUAGCUAGCGUGUCUGCAUGGUGCUCACAGAGACUCAAAUGGAGUCUGCUCACCAAACAAGGAGCAUCUGUCUUGGGGCGACGCUCGUCUUGAUCACAAGUCUCAUUCUACCGUCUUUUUUUCAGUUUACAUCUGGUUUUUAGUGCUCUUUAGUGCGUUUUUUGUUUACUUUGAUUAAAUUAGAUUUCUGAUCCUUCAGUCCAGGACAGGCUUUUGUUUGCAGCCAGGAGCCCACAUAGCUCACCUCACGGCCAGACACGACAAAUCCCUCCGACAGACUUUUAAUCCAUUUGAAACACCUUCAGCUAUAAAAUUAACCCCCACGGUUUUAACUCUCACCUGGAGCCAGGAUGUGUUCACUGGGCGUGGAAAUAUAAACAGGGCACCUGUUUCUAUUUUGAUAUUUUUCUAAAGUGUUUGACUUUUUAUAGCACCCUUGAAGGGGGAAGAAGAGCAAUAUGUCCGCCACACAGCUGAUUCUCCUGUUAAAUUCGACAUCUAUCAAAGGAUCCCGGUUCCCCACAAUGGACACAUGUCAAUGAGUUAUGUGGGUGAGGAUUUUUAAUCUGUUUAUUUAUGAUCGUGUAGGCAGUCUAUCAUAAAAUAAACGUCGUCGUUACCA